GCAUCUUUGGAUCUCGCCUUCGACUCAAGUGACUUGUACCAGCGGGAAGUGAGAUGUCGGGCAGCCAUCUCUCCAAGGAUUUCUUUGAGCUCGUCAAGAGCAUCGGCGAAUCCAAGUCGAAGCAGGAAGAGGACCGAAUCAUUGUGUCCGAAGUAGCGCAGCUGAAGCGCAAGAUGACCGAGUUGAGUCAAGCGUCCAACUCCCAGGCCGCGCAAGCCAACAAGAAGAAGCAAAAAGAGUUCUUGAUCCGACUCAUGUACGUGGAAAUGCUCGGACAUGAUGCUUCCUUCGGAUAUAUCAAGGCGGUGGAAAUGACUGCGUCCACGAAUCUCAUCCAAAAGCGCGUGGGGUACCUUACAUGCUCGCUGACGCUCUCCCCCACCCACGAGUUUCGCUUUAUGAUCAUCAAUCAACUGCAGCGCGACCUUCAGUCGGCAAACCACCUCGAAGUGUGCUCGGCGCUCAUGGCAGUCUGCAAACUUGUGACCACGGAGAUGAUUCCUGCCGUACAACCCAUGAUCCUUGAAUCUCUUCGUCACGAAAUUGAGCUUGUCCGCAAGAAGGCCGUGAUGGCCCUCCAUCGGUUUCAUCAGCUCAAUCCCGAUAGUGUGGCUGGCAUUGGCGACAGUCUGCGCCGCACUCUUUGCGAUCGUGACCCGAGUGUCAUGGGGGCAGCACUGUGUCUCUUGCACGAUGUAGCAGUGAUCACUCCGUCUGCGUACAAAGACCUGGUGCCCAGCUACGUGAGUAUUCUGAAGCAAAUCACGGAGCACCGCUUGCCGCGCGAGUUCGAUUACCACCGCAUUCCUGCCCCGUGGAUUCAAAUCCGACUGCUCAAGAUCCUGGCGCUCCUCGGCCAGGCCGAUCAAACGACGAGCGAAGGCAUGUACGAAGUCCUCCACGACGUCAUGCGCCGCGCCGACACAGGAAUCAACGUCGGAUACGCCAUCAUCUACGAAUGUGUCCGCACCGUCACGACGAUUUACCCCAACUCGACGCUUUUGGACGCGGCCGCCGCGAGCAUUUCGCGCUUCAUAUCGAGCGACAACCACAAUUUAAAGUACUUGGGUGUCACUGGGCUGGCUGCGAUUGUAAAGGACCACCCGCGAUAUGCUGCGGCCCAUCAAAUGGCAGUGAUCGAUUGCUUGGAAGAUCCCGAUGAGACGCUAAAGCGCAAGACCCUCGACCUUCUCUACCGCAUGACGAAUCCCGUCAACGUCGAGUUCAUCGUGGCCAAACUCACAACAUUCCUUCGCGAAGCGACGGACGUGUUUUUGCGCACGGAAUUGGUGUCCCGCAUCACGCAAUGUGCCGAACGAUUUGCACCAAGCAAUGCGUGGUAUAUCCAAACGAUGACAAACGUGUUUGAGCUGGGCGGGGACCUGGUCAAGGUCGAAGUGGCGCAUAACCUGAUGCGCCUCAUCGCGGAAGGCAGCGGCGACGAUGAGGACCAAGAUGCGGAAUUGCGCCGCGAUGCCGUCGACACGUACUUGGAAUUGCUCGAAAAGCCCGUCCUUCCCGACAUUCUUGUAUGCACGAUGGCGUGGGUGUUGGGCGAAUACGGGUACCUGUCGGAUGCAAUGCACGUCGACGAGAUCGCCGAGCGAUUGUGCGAGUUGAUCGACCGGCCGUUUGAUAACGAGGACGUAACCCGCAGCUACAUUGUGUCUGCAGUCACGAAGCUCCUCGCCCAACUUGAAGGCCGCGGACUUGCCGUCGCAGAAAGCAUGAUGCACAAGUACAAGACGUCACGCCACAUUGACCUCCAACAGCGAUGCUUGGAGUACUUGGCGUUGAAGCCAUUUCCUGAAUUGCUCGUCCGCACCCACCCCGUUGACGCUAGCUGUGAAGACCUGGAUGUGGACGUGAACUUGUCGUUCCUGCAGUCGUUUGUCGACACAGCGCUUGCCAAGGGAGCUCCUCGGUACGAUCCCCCCGCUGAUUUGGACGACGACGACGGAUUUGGUGGUCGCCGGUCCCAAGUGCAGCUCAACAUCGAAGCGUACAAGAAACCCGAGUUGCCGUACGCUGGCGUCAAGCUCCAAAGCAACGAUCCGUUGACUGGUGGUGGUGUUGCAUGGGCUCCGUCAGGUGGUCCGUCGUCGAUGUAUCCCGCACCGGGAGCUACCCCGGGUGCCCCUUUCGGUGGCGCUCCUCCGGCUGCCGCUGGCUGGGGAUCGCAGCAAAAGUCUGUGCGAAAUGUGUGGGGCCCCACUGGUAUCAACGCAAACGAACCGUCCCAGCAACAAACUCAACCGUAUGGCAUCAACCAACCUCCGUAUGGAUACCCUCCUCAACAGCAGCAGGCUCCGGCCGCGCCGUACGGUGGCGGACCUUCAACCACGUACCAUUCCGAGUCGUCGUACCGCCAUGAUGAUGAAGACACGGAUGACGAUCCCGUUGUCGACGAGCGAGCUGUCAUGGCUGCAUCGUUGUUUGGUGGCGUGCCGGGUGCCGGCCUACCCGCCGCAAAACGUGCAUCGGUGAAGAGCGCGGAAGCUCCUGGGUCGCUGUCCCGGAAACCGACGGUGAAAAAGACGAUCAAGCGCAAGUCCGUCAAAUCCGAGGGCGACCAAGGGAGCAACUUCCUGAACGCGCCCCCUGCACCGCAACAGCAGCAGCAACCUGCGCACGUGGAUUUACUCGACAUUUCGUUCGACUCGAACUACGCGAGUAACCCGUUGUCGUCGACCAACAGGUACUUGGACCCGUUUGCCCCGCAGCCAGCUGCCGCCGCCCCUGCUGCUCCGAAGCCUGCCGACGCCGCUCUGGACCCCUUUCAAAUGAGCGGCCUCAUCAGUUCCAUCCUGCCGGACAAGUUUCAACACCAAGGACAGUCGUUGGAACCGUGGCAGAUUACAACGCAAGAAUUUGGCGGCCGUUGGGGCUCGUGUCCUUGCGAAAUCAAGGCAUCCGUCGCGACGUCCACGAUUCGGUCGCUCGACGACUUUUGCCAUCGGAUCCAUGGCAGCGACAUCAACCCUGUCGAAGCCAUUGCGCAAACAAGCGAAGUGAUUGCGGCCGGGCGCCUGCGCCACUCCGACGCUGUCGCGCUGAUCCACUGCAAAGUGCGACCUGGCGCGUUGGACAUCACGGUGCGAACAGCCGAGCCGGCGUUUUCGAACGCGUUGAGCGCGUUCCUGGCCCAGAUUUUGAAGUGAUUGUUCGCGGACGUGUCGACGUUUGGCUAGCCCUGAAUCGAGUUUGUGUUUUUCGAG